AUGACGCUGUUAAGCAAAGAAGACGGUGGAUUUUAUGGGUGGAUUGUUGUCGCUGCAUGUUUCAUGAGCAAAUGUUUGAUCGUGGACUAUUUUGGAGAAGGCGCAGGGAAAACUGCUCUGCUACAGUCUUUAGCGACUGCAAUGAUGACAAUCCCAAGUCAGACUGUCAUGGCGUUGUUCAGCAAAGAAGACGGUGGAUUUUAUAGGUGGAUUGUUGUCGCUGCAUGUUUCUCCAGCAAAUGUUUGAUCGUGGGAUGCAGUGGGUCAGGAAUGGGUGUCUUCUUGGUAAAGUUUCUAGACUAUUUUGGAGAAGGCGCAGGGAAAACUGCUCUGCUACAGUCUUUAGCGACUGCAAUGAUGACAAUCCCAAGUCCUAUGGUCAGUAGUUUGAAUAGUAGAUUUGGGACUCGACCUUUGGUUGUUAUCGGCGGAGUGAUAUCCAGUGUUGCUUUAUUUCUAUGCUCAUUUGCAAACAGAAUGGCAUAUGGACUUAUCUAUGGUCCGACCGUUGUAAUUAUAGGUCAAUAUUUUCACAAACGACACGCUCUAGCUAACGGUUUUAUGUAUGCAGGUAUUUCUGUUGGCAUUAUGAUAUUUCCACCUCUACACCACAAGUUAAUCGAGACAUAUGGAUGGAGAGGCGCAAUGAUUUUCCUGGCAGGAAUAAAUCUGAAUAUGGUUGUAUGCGGGAUGCUAAUGAGACCACCAGGGCUACAUACUAGAGUUGAUAAGAAACACUCAAGCAAAAAUACCGAAGAUCAAAAAUUGCUGUGUAACCAGUGA